CACAUACUCACUCCCUGUUGCUGUCUCUCUCUCUCUCUCUCUCUGUUGUGUGUGUGAAAAUUACAUAGUCUCACACAUAUAUAGAUAGACAUGGGCCGAUCCCCUUGCUGUGAGAAGGAGCACACCAACAAAGGGGCUUGGACCAAGGAAGAAGAUGAGCGUCUCAUCAAGCACAUCAAACAGCACGGUGAAGGCUGCUGGAGAUCACUUCCUAAAGCUGCUGGUUUGUUGAGAUGCGGCAAAAGCUGCAGGCUUCGAUGGAUAAACUACCUGAGGCCUGAUCUCAAGAGAGGAAAUUUCACCGAGGAAGAAGACGAACUCAUCAUCAACCUUCACAGUUUGCUCGGCAAUAAAUGGUCUCUUAUUGCUGCUCGGUUGCCGGGGAGAACGGAUAACGAGAUCAAGAACUAUUGGAACACUCACGUGAAGCGAAAACUCAUCAGCCGCGGCAUCGACCCGCAGACCCACAGAUGCCUCAAUCCGAGCAACAAAAACCCUAGAAAUGUGUCCAUGCAGACAGACAUGGACGAUGCCAUGCCGGCGAUGAGAAACGACGUCGGUUUUAAGGUAGAGGAAUACUCCAACUGCAGCAGCGUGGAAUUUUUGCACCCACAGAUCAAUUUGGAUCUAUCAAUCAGACCUCCUCAUCUCUACUGACGAACCCUAAUCAAUGAAUGUAACUGCGCAUGUGCAGAUAUUUUUAUGGGCCCUUUGAUUAUAAGUAAUUAAUUAACUUGGUACUUCAUUUUUUUGAGGUGUUUCAAUGAUGUUAUUUUUCUUCAA